AUGAGGGAGAGAGUGACCUUUUUUCACCCCACGGACACUGGGGUCCUCCCAGAGAACCUCAAACGUGACAAGGGAGGGCUGGAGACCCCUGUAUUUGAGACGACUCGAGAGGACCGCCUCACCCUUGGCCUGGACGAGCUGCCAGCCGAGGUAGCUUCCGUCCUCAACGGAUUCUCAUCUCUGCAUGUGGCGUGGAAUAGCCCGGUGGCAUAUCGGACCCUUGAGCCAUUCGCGGCGCGGUUGUCUCCUGGACUCCAUGUCUUAUUUGACCCAGCUGUUGCCGGGACGUCUGAGAAUCCUCGGGAUUGUUCGGUAGAUGAGGUAAGAGAAGUUUUAUUGCCACUUAUUCGAGCUUUGGGGUUGGCGACUUUGGACGAAACGAAGCUAACCAUUCCCAAGGCCAUCUCUACAACAAUAACUGGCCCGGAGGGGUCUCCCCAGCCGAAACAAUUCUUUCAGCCGCUCGAGGAGCUCUCAUAUUUUGCCAAAUGGCUGAGCUCUGAAGUUUGUGGAGCUGAAGAUGAUGCCUGCCAAUCGCGGGCUCAGAGGCUUCAGUCUGCCGCGGGCCUGGACAUCACUUACGACGCAGCAUCUAAAACCGCAAAGGUGUCGGCAUUCUGGCCACUCGAGAAACAGCCUGUCUCUGUCCCCUUCUCUCCUCAUAGAAGAACCGAGGUUGGGAUCUUGACUCUGGGGAACCCCCCCAACCUUGCCCCAGACCAUGUUGGUGUCUCUGGUAUCUUGACUACCCUUGGAGAGAAGAAACAGCCCUCCCCGGCCUUGUUCGCCUUUCCAGCUCGUCACAAACUGAGCGAGUCGUACUUCUCAACCGCUUUCCUGACCCCCACUGGCCUUCACCCAACCCUCCAGCUGAGGCUGAGCGGCAACCAGCCGCCCAAGGAGGAUGCCGAGUGCAGACCGUACGCCUACUUGACUCUGCCAAAGACGAUCUUCGCAGAUCGCUUCCAGCUUGACGGGGAGCUAUUCAUGGCCUCCAAGAAUCUCACCGCGCUGCGCGCGACCAGUCUGCCCGUCGAUCUAGAGGCACCCGCUUACACCACGGGUGCCUGGGGCUCCAGCAUCCUCCUGGAGCUCGCACCGCCGACCUCGGCCGCGAACCAGGCAUGGACCGCCGAGGUGCCGCUGCACCUGCGCUACCUGAAGCCCUCCAAGACUGGACUGGAGAGCAUCGAGGUGCCCUACCCGGCGGUGUUCUGGGCGUGCUCGGCCGAGCAGGGCCCCGAGUUCUCGCAGAACCCCUUUGACCGCGCCCGUGUUGGGUAUGAUACCCUGUUUGAGUCGGACACGGUGUUCUGGCAUGUUGAGCCGCGACCUGAGCAAGGGGAUAGGCUGGUGAAUGCCAUAUCCGUGCCCGUCUUGGACGAGCGCGGCUCGGCUCUGAUCGGGGUUGGCACCUCGCUGGUUGUCGCGCUGGGAUUCGGCUGGGUGCUCUGGAAGCUGUAUAGCGCAGUUGCGCAGAACGGGUUCCGGGAUACUUCUGAAGCCGCCGAGGAGAAGAAGAAGCGUUGA